GUCCAAUUCAGCAGAAAAACAUUAUAAAUUUGUAUUUGCCUGUCGUAAUAUUCAGUGAAAGAAAUCGAAGGCAUACAUAGCUCAAAGACCUUUGCCAGUAUGUUUCGUCGCCCUAGAUCGAGCAGAACUCUUGAGCAGGAAAAAAAUAUUGCCCAAACGUUUGUUAAGUUUCUGGAAGACAACAAUCGUAAAGAAGACAUGUUUGUUGACGAUUUGAGGCAAAUCUAUCAAGGAGAAUUUCGUCCUUUGUACAACACGCUGGGUAUGUCAUUCUCCAAACUUUUGAAUACGCUCACCUACCAUAUAAAUGCUUGUCAGCAACUUCAAGAUCGUGUUAUCUUUGGCGGUGGAGAAGCCGCAGCUCUUCAACUCCUUACCGACGAUCCUGAGGAGCAGGGAGAUAGUCCUGAUGACCUUUGUUAUCGGCGCUCUUCCCUGAGUUUGAGGCCUUACUAUUGUCAAACUUGUAAAAAAGAUCUUGGAAAUGGCGAGGCCUACAGGAAACACAUCGAAGGAGUGAAACAUCGCCAACAGUAUAUCCUCGUAACGAUUCGAAAAUCACUAAAAAAACCAGAACUUGUCUUUGACAAAAAUGGGAUAAGAGUUACUUCAGAUCCAGCUGGAGAUGAACAUGGUGUGAUAGAAUUGAAAGUUGAGAGUGGAAAAUACGGGCAGAUUGUGUUGAUUAUAGAGAACCGCAGUGAGGAGAUCAUCACCCUGAAGGAUAUCACUUUGUUGUGGAGUGUCAACUUUUUUGACUACUCGGAAAUAUCCAGUAUUGGGCCUGAUGAAGGUCAACUCUACCCAGGUUGUAAGCAAAGGUUCAGGAUUGGCUGCAAGCGUCGCCGGGAGUUUGGUUAUUCGUAUGUUCCUGGUGUGCUUACAUUUCAAACUGAAGACGGGAAGGAGUUUCAUAUCCUGAGGUUUUUUUCCGUGCGUAUCGUGAGUGACUUGUACGAUGACUUGAAGCAGACCUCAGAGUAUCGACCUCCCCCUCGGGCACCAGAAAUUCCCAGGGAUGUUAAAACAUUUGGAGGGAUACCCCUUCCACGGAUGCAGAGAAAUGGUUUAAUUAUGGAGAAGCUGGACGUUUAUGAAAUCCCUUUAACAGUAAAAGCCCAGGUAAAAGCCCAGGUCAUGAAAAACAAUCAGAUCGGAGAGGGACUAUGCGAGCGAUUGAAGAAGAAUUUAAGUUUUGACAACUACAAAGAGAAGUUCUGUCUGCUCCUUCACUUGGAAGAAUUUCAAAUGCAGAAGGAUAUCAGAAACUAUGAUAUGAAAGGAGUUGUUUUUCAACAGGAAAGAGGGGACAGACGCUUUCUGAACUUAGAGGUACCUGGCCUUGCAGAAAAUCGCCCGUCCGUGUUACGCGGUGAUAAGAUCUAUGCCUACGAGCCAGGUAUAUUACAGCGGCGAUACGAAGGAAUCGUGCACAAGGUUCAAAUGCUGGAUGUGAAACUUGGCUUUGACAUGAACGAAAUGCCUUAUAUUAAAGGAAAGAAGUUUGACAUUCAGUUCACAUUCCAUCGAUUACCAGUACAGAUGGAACAUCGCGCGUGCGAGCGGAUUGCAUCCGUGAACAGGCAAGAUAUGCGCCAUGUUCUUUUCCCAACAGUGGACAGUCUCGAUCGAAGAGGAGAAAUUAAUAAAGAAGUUAGUUUCUUCUACGAUCGUAAUCUAAACAGUGAACAGGAGCAAGCAGUUCAGAAGAUUGUGUCAGGAUCUUCACGCCCUGCACCAUAUCUUGUGUUUGGACCCCCUGGAACUGGAAAGACUGUUACAUUGGUCGAGGCGAUUAAACAGGUGCACGCUUUGAUUGGCUCAAGCUACAUUCUGGCUUGUGCGCCAGAAAACAGCGCUGCUGACCUAUUAGCUGAGCGCCUGUUGCCUCACGUAGAUAAAGGCAAAAUGUUCCGGAUGUACGCUGCGUCAAGGCCCUGGGACUUUGUGCCUCAAAAGCUUAAGGACGCACGAGUAGUCAAUUUUGACCCUGUGUUACAUGAAGUGUAUUACCCUUCUAGAGAGGAAUUGGUCAGCGACUAUCGCAUUAUUGUUACCACGCUAGUCACAGCAGGAAGGUUGGUGUCAGCCCUGUUCCCCAGAAAUCAUUUCACGCACAUUUUCAUAGACGAGGCGGGUCAUGCAACAGAACCUGAGUGUAUCAUCCCUGUGGCAGACCUCCUGGACCCCUAUAACCCCAGGGGCGGUCAGCUGGUGCUUGCAGGAGACCCUAAGCAGUUAGGACCAAUCCUCAGAUCCCCAAUUACACAGAAGUAUGGACUGGAAACUUCUCUCUUGGAACGGCUGAUGACUUCAUGUCCCGCCUACGAUCGUGGAGCUGGAGGGAAUUAUAAUUCAAAUCUGUUGACAAAACUUGUGAACAAUUACCGUUCACACAGAGCCAUUAUCGAGAUUCCCAAACAGCUGUUUUAUGAAAACGAGCUGAAUGAAUGCGCUGGAGAUUUCAGAAAUGUGAUGAUAGGCUGGGAAGAGCUUCCAAAUAAGAACUUCCCGAUAAUUUUCCAUCCGGUGUUUGGUAAGGAUGAAAGAGAAGGCAGCAGCCCUUCAUUCUUUAACGUGGCUGAGGUGGAAACUAUUGAGCGAUACCUGAGGAAACUGUUGGACGACAAUGUGAGGAGCAGAGGACUAAAGCACUUGAGACCUGAGAUGAUUGGGGUGAUAUCGCCUUACAAGAGACAAGUGCAAAAGAUCCAAAAAAUGAUCGAAAAAAGGCGCUUUGGUGGCGAAAUCAAAGUUGGUAGCGUGGAAGAGUUUCAGGGGCAAGAAAGAAGAAUAAUCAUCUUGUCAACAGUUAGAAGCACCAAGAAAGAAUAUCUGGAGAUGGACAAGAACUUCCACCUCGGAUUCCUAAACAAUCCUAAGAGAUUCAACGUGGCCAUAACUCGUGCCCAGGCUCUCUUGAUUCUGAUAGGGAACCCGGACAUGCUCUGCCGGGACGAGAACUGGAAAACUUUUAUAAGUUACUGUCUUGCAAACAACGCUGCUGUUGACGCAGAAAGGAAAGAAAAGGUGGAAGACAUUGCAGACACUUUGAAACGACUCAACCUCUUCUCUGCAGCAUCAUCAGAAUACGACGAAGACUCAGAAAUUAGCCAGCGUCAGCUUCAAGAACACCCAGAGUGGACUAGGCACGAAUAAAUAUCGCUAUAUCAGUCUACAGCUGCGCUAGAAUCUUAUUAUCUCAUAACAGUUUUCUUUUAACAAAUCAACUUUCGGGAACUUUAGUUACUUUUACCGUGUUAAAUUUUGUAGCUUAGGAUUUGCAAUUGCAACAAAUAACAUUGCUACAUACUUGGCCCUUGCAUUACUGGUCAGUGGGUAAGUAGUCUAAUAAUGACAAGGUUUUUAACUCACAGAACAUCAGACGUGCCACCUAGCAUUUCUGUUGCAUCUUAAAACUUGUACUUAGGAGUUCUAGACACCAUAGCAUUAUCAAGAAAACUUGCUCAUUCAGAACGAUAAAACCGAUAACUUUCAAUAAACAUAUUCUAACAAA